CCCUAUGAUGUUUGUUGUACUGACAUGCUUAAAAGAUUGAAAAGUCCCUGCCUGUCAAUGCCCCAACAUGAAGGUUCACAAAGCAGUUCUUUUAGGUCUAUAUCUUCUUACAGGUUUCCUCAGGGGCCAGACCCAAAGCACAGAGGAAUGUAUGCAGUGCAGUGGAGAAAACUACAGAGGCAAGAUCUCCACCACUAUGAGUGGAUUUACCUGCCAACGCUGGGACUCUCAAAAACCCCACAACCACGGUUACAUCCCUUCAGCUCUUCCUGAUAAGUACUUGGAAGAGAACUAUUGCAGGAACCCCGAUGGAGAGCCUAGGCCCUGGUGCUUCACCACCAGUCCAUCCAAACGUUAGGAAUACUGCUCCAUUCCACGAUGCACAACUGAACCACCCACAAUUGUACCAGAGCUUACCUGUGCAAGUGGAGAAGGUAGCUCCUACAGGGGCACCAUUGCGGUGACAGUCUCAGGAAAAAUUUGCCAGGACUGGGCAUCCCAAAGUCCCCAGAAGCAUUCCAAAACUUCAGAGAACUACCCAUGCAAAGGCCUUGAUAAGAACUACUGCAGAAACCCUGAUAAUGAAAUAAGUCCAUGGUGUUACACCACAGAUCCAGACACCCGCUGGGAGUACUGCAGUGUGCCAAGUUGUGGAGAUCAACCUAGACCUGAGGAGCCGGUGAUCCCUGAAGGUGAGGCAUGUUACGAAGGUGAUGGAACCUCCUACCGUGGUGCCAUGUCAGAGACCAUCAGUGGAAAGAAAUGCCAGUUCUGGACAUCCAUGAAACCUCAUCAACAUUCCAAAACACCUCAGAAUUUCCCUAAAGCAGAUCUGAGGAGGAACCUGUGCAGGAAUCCAGAUGGUGACAGAGCCCCUUGGUGCUUCACCACAGAUCCCACGGUUCGAUGGGAGUAUUGCAAUAUCGAGCAGUGUGACAACAAGAACAGCUCAAGGGAGCCUCCUACCAAUCCAUCAGUGGCUGCAGCUUCUCCUUCUAUAUCUCCUUCUCCAGAAAUAGAUUGUAAGGUUGGCAAUGGAGCAAGUUACCGGGGGCCCACAUCCAUUACUAUAACGGGAGUGACCUGCCAAGCAUGGAGUUCUAUGACCCCCCAUCAGCAUACCAAUUUUACCCCUGAAACGCACCCAGACAAGGGUCUAGAGUCAAAUCAAUGCAGAAACCCAGACAGUGACGUGAAUGGACCUUGGUGCUAUACAACGGAUCGAAAUAAGAAGUGGGAUUACUGUCAGAUCCCAGACUGUGAUAGCCUGAAAUGCGGACAACCUUCAGUAAAACCUAAGCGGUGCUUUGGCCGAAUCGUUGGGGGGUGUAUUUCCAAACCACACUCCUGGCCUUGGCAGAUCAGUCUUAGGACAAGAACCAAAAUCCAUUUCUGUGGUGGAACGCUAAUUGAUGCACAAUGGGUCCUAACUGCAGCCCACUGCCUAGAGAGGUCUGACAGUCCAUCUGCCUACAAGAUCUUCCUUGGAAUCCACACAGAACGUGCAAAUGAAGCAUCCAGACAGGAGCGAAAUGUUUCUAAGAUAAUUAAGGGGCCAGCUGGAACUGACAUCGCUCUUCUCAAGUUGGACAGGCCUGCAUUAAUAACCAAUAAGGUAUUGCCUGCGUGCCUACCAGAGAAGGACUACAUUGUACCAAGUGAUACUGAAUGCUAUGUAACAGGCUGGGGGGAGGGAACCGGUGAAGAAGGUUUCCUGAAAGAAACCGACAUCCCUGUAAUUGACAACAAAGUCUGCAACCGUGCAUCUUUUCUGAAUGGCCGUGUGAAGGAGCAUGAGAUGUGUGCAGGAAACAGACAUGGUGGAAGUGACAGUUGCCAGGGUGACACCGGUGGGCCUCUUGUCUGCUACGCACAGAACGCCUACGUCCUUCAGGGAGUGACAUCAUGGGGUCUCGGCUGUGGUAAUGCCAUGAAACCUGGAGUGUAUACCCGCGUCUCCAAGUUUGUCGACUGGAUAGAACGCAAUAUGAAAGAAAACCAGAGCUAUGAAAAGGACCUGAAAACCAUACUUGAAUAAAAGUACAGAUACCUUACCUCGAAAAUGAUUACAUUACAAGUUACAAGUCACCAAUUCCAAUACGACUUGAGUAAAAGUCUUAGAGUAUCUGAUUUUACUCGUACUGAAUGUGGGCUCAAAGAUGCACGAGUCCUCAACACCUGAGAGACAUGCCAGUAAAAAUAAGAAACAAUUUGAAUUUUGUUUGUUUUCUAUAAUCAAAAUAAAACUGAUUGCAAAAAUAUUGCAAUAAAUCAAUAAACCCC